CCGGGCCAUCCUAUUGGCCCGGUCUAGCGGGGAGGGAGAUCUCUCGAUUUCUUCUCUCUCUCUACGCUGCUAUUGACGUCGCGUCGAAGCACAACUGAUCUGCCAAAGUUUCGGCGGAUAUCCCAAGUUGCAAUGAGUGCAGGCGGUGCAUUUGGAGGGAACAGGGGAUUGCGACCAGUACCUCCAGAGAAAGGUGUCUUCCCCUUGGAUCACAUGCACGAAUGUGACGUGGAGAAGAAGGAUUAUCUCAGUUGCCUCAAAUCUUCGAGUCAUCAAUCUGACAAAUGUAGACACUUCUCAAAAAAGUAUUUGGAGUGUCGUAUGGCAAAGAACUUGAUGGCAAGGCAAGACAUGUCAGAACUAGGAUUUGGAAAGGAAACUGGCACCGAAGCUCCAGCAGAGAAUGAAUCUAAGAGGAUCGAUGGGUGAUUCUCCAGUUGCUGGCUUAUGGAUGGACUAUACAGAAAGGAACAUUUACCAAGGUCGCGACUCCGGGCAAGUCCUUGCGAAACUGAAGCAGCAGUAACAAUGCUGUUUCUACAGGUGAUUGGAAAGAAAAAACCAGAAAUGAAUCAACAGGGAUGUAUAGAGGGAUCUUGCUGCUGUGAUUUUGACAGGAUGGUUUGUGCAUAGGUACACUAAUCGAUUUCUCUCUGAACAAUGAUCUACAGACAGAAGUCAAUGAGAUGGCAAAAUUUUUGGGAACUCUUUACCCGGGUGCUUGUUAACUCAUCUUUUUUACAGUUUUCCUUGGAUUAUGGAAUAUUAGCUGAUUCUUAGCAAUGCUCUUUGGGAA